CACCAUCACGCCUGAGAUCCGCGCACUCUACAACGUGCUGGCCAAGGUGAAGCGCGAGCGCGACGAGUACAAGCGGAGGUGGGAGGAGGAGCUUGCCAAGCGCAUGGACCUCCAGACGAUGGUGGACACGCUGCAGGAGGCGGCGCAGGAAGCUGAGGCCAUCCAGGAGGAGAUGAACGAGAAGAUAGAGCGGCUCAAGGCUGAGCUGGUGGUGUUCAAGGGGCUCAUGAGUGAUCCCAUGACAGACCUGGACACAAAGAUCCAAGAAAAGGCCAUGAAGGUGGACAUGGACAUCUGCCGCCGAAUCGAUAUCACGGCUAAGCUGUGCGAUGUCGCACAGCAGCGGAACUCGGAAGACGUGUCCAAGAUCUUCCAGGUGGUCCCCAAAAAGAAGGAACGUAAAGUGGCUUCAGAUGAUGACAUCUCAGAGCAGGACGGAGAGGUGAAUCGGUUCUCGGAUGACGAGGUCGGCUCCAUGAACAUCACAGAUGAGAUGAAGCGCAUGUUUAACCAGCUGCGGGAGACCUUUGAUUUUGAUGAUGACUGUGACAGCCUGACAUGGGAGGAGAACGAAGAUACUCUACUGCUCUGGGAAGAUUUUACUAACUGCAACCCAAGCAUCGACCUGCAGGGCGAGCAGGAAGAAAAUUUGGGCAACCUGAUCCACGAGACCGAAUCCUUCUUCAAGACGAGAGACAAGGAGUACCAGGAGACCAUAGGUCAGAUCGAGCUGGAGCUGGCCACAGCCAAGAGUGACAUGAACCGACACCUACAUGAGUACAUGGAGAUGUGCAGCAUGAAGAGGGGGCUGGAUGUGCAGAUGGAGACCUGCCGCCGGCUCAUCAAAGGCUCCGCAGACAGGAAUUCACCGUCACCCAGCUCUGUGGCCAGCAGCGAUUCAGGAAGUACAGAUGAGAUCCAGGAUGAGUUGGAACGGGAAGCAGAUGUGGAGCCCAUGGUCAGCUGAUGACGGGGGCCCUGCGUGCCCGGGGGUCUUGGUGAUGGGGCCCCAGCCCCCUCUGUCCACUGGGCCAGGAAGGCUCCUCGCAAUGGGUGCCAGUCCUCGCCAUAGACUUCCUCUGCCCUCCCUUCUCUGGAAGCCCCGAGGGACUGCUGCUUCCGUCCUUCGUUCCAUCCACACCACCCCAGCCCUGACCAGUGCCCCUUCUCCAUCCGCCCACCUACUCACCCAAGGAAUGGUGCUGUCAAUUUCUAUUGUUCUCCACAUUACAAAUGCAGACUUCUGUCCGGACGAUGCAGUGCUAACUGUGCCUUCUCCCUUAAGCUGAGCCACUUUGAGCUCCAAAGAAUUAUUCCUAGCAGGUGUUUUUAUACAAAACUCUAAGGUGAAAGAGGGGGGGCUGGGUGUGGCAUCGAGUGGGUUUUCUACCCUCCCACCUGCUCCUGAUUGGCCAUGAGCUUUGCCCUCCCUUCUGCUGGCGUUGGCGCUGGUGCUGUCACUAGCUGACUCUGAGCUUGGGGUGAUUUGCUGUCCCCAGGAGGGAGCCAGUCAGUACCUCCAGGCCUGGGUGGGGACCUCUCAAACUUUCUCACUCGCUGGAAGAGAGAAAAGUGGAAGGGAGGGAAGACCAAUUUUUUAUUUUCUUUCUCAGAUUUAGUGGCAAAGUGGAGGGAUAAGGCACUGUGGGGGGAGUAGGUGGAGCCUCACUGUGUUUAUAAACUACUAUGCAAAAACAAAAACAAAAACAAAAAGCAGCUUGCCUUAUAUUAUUAUGGAAGGCAGGCCCUCCCUCUCCCAGACUCUUGGUUUCCCCAGGGCUGGGCGCUCACUCGCAGCCUCCCUGGGGAGCACUGGCUGGGAGGUGGGCCAGUAAAGGUCGAUGUGGUGGGCUGCGUUCCCGCUGGGCCAGCCCACCUGACUGCUUGCUUUCUUGGGACCUCUGUGGGGUUGGGGUGUGGGUGGGUCUUUUAUUGUCCUGGUGACUUGCUGCUCCUUCCCUUCCUUCUCUGGCCAACAAUAAAGGGGUGUAGAGCUGUAAUUUCUCUGUGAGAAAGAUUGGAGAGGCCAGGCCUGGUACCACUCAGUCGGCGGUGGAGCUCAGGGGAGGGCCAGCCCGAUGCCAUCCUGGUUUUCCGCUGUCCCAUGGUCACCUGCUGUUGGUGCCGGCAGCAGAGAGAUGGGCAAGGGGAGGGGAGGAGGGGAUGGCGGCUGCAGGUGGCUUGUGUGGGAGCUGAGAGGGGACCACCCUCAUUCCCCUGGGGGACACGCAGAGGCCUCUUUCUGUAGCAAUUCUUUUGACCUCUUGGGGAGUUCAUCUGAGCCAGUAUCUCCCCUUGCUGGAGGGAAUCUGAGCUGGGACCAGGCCAGCAAGCAGGCUUUGCUUCCCGUGCCCUCCAUUUUCCUCCCUUUUUUGGGCCCACCACAGUGGGGUGAAUGCCCAUUUGGAAAAAUGUUGGCCGAAGAGCUCCCUCUGGAGGGCAAAAUGUGCUUGAGACCUAGAGCUCAGCAGGGUGGGUGAGGAGGUCCAGAGGGUGCUGGGCUGGAGGGGACAAGGUUCUCCCCCUGAGCAGGGUGUCAUUGGAUCUGUGUGGACCUUCUCGCUCUUCCGCUCUCCUUGUUUGGAAUCCUAAAACCAUUGUACAUAAUACACACGUACAUGUAUAUAGAGAGUGGGAAUGUGUCAGUGACUGUGUGAUAUAAUUUAUCAAGAACUUCCUCAUGAAUUUCCCCCCUUGUUUUGUUUUGUAUUGUUGGGAAAAUAUCCCAAUUGGUCCCUCUGUACUCUGGCUUUGAGACUUCUGUCCUCAUCAUGUUUUUUUUUUAAUUAAUUUUUUUUUUCUUCCCAGUGCUGGGGAUUGAG